UCCGGCCAGCCCGGCGCUGAAUGGGCUGGCUGCGCCCGGCUCCGUCCCGCCCGCGGCCGGCCCCCGCGUCUGCUCCCUCCCCGCCCGGGCUCCUGUCGGCCGCCGCCAGCCCCCGCCCCGAGUGUGAAUGAAAGGCGGGCGCCGCCGAGGGCUGGCUGGGAACGCCGCUGCGACGCCGGCCUCCCGGGAGGCGCGCGCCCAGCCGAGAUGUACGGUGUGUGUGGCUGCUGCAGUGCCCUACGCCCCAGGUACAAAAGGCUGGUUGACAACAUCUUCCCUGAGGAUCCCGAGGAUGGACUGGUGAAGACCAACAUGGAGAAGCUGACCUUCUAUGCUCUCUCAGCUCCAGAAAAGCUUGAUCGUAUUGGCGCCUACCUCUCUGAGAGGCUCAUCCGUGAUGUGGGUCGCCAUCGAUAUGGGUACGUGUGCAUUGCCAUGGAGGCUUUGGACCAGCUGCUCAUGGCCUGCCACUGCCAGAGCAUCAACCUCUUCGUGGAGAGCUUCCUCAAGAUGGUGGCCAAGCUGCUGGAGUCGGAGAAGCCCAACCUGCAGAUCCUCGGCACCAACUCGUUUGUGAAGUUUGCCAACAUCGAGGAGGACACCCCAUCCUAUCACCGGAGCUAUGACUUCUUUGUGUCCCGAUUCAGCGAAAUGUGCCACUCAAGCCACGAUGACUUAGAAAUCAAGACUAAAAUUCGAAUGUCAGGCAUCAAAGGCCUACAAGGGGUGGUGAGGAAGACGGUGAAUGAUGAACUGCAGGCCAAUAUCUGGGACCCACAGCACAUGGACAAGAUCGUCCCAUCGCUGCUUUUCAAUCUGCAGCAUGUAGAGGAGGCAGAGAGCCGGUCUCCCUCACCCCUCCAAGCACCUGAGAAGGAGAAAGAGAGCCCUGCGGAGCUGGCUGAGAGGUGCCUUCGGGAGCUGCUGGGCCGGGCUGCCUUUGGCAACAUCAAAAACGCCAUCAAGCCUGUUCUCAUACAUUUGGAUAACCAUUCUCUUUGGGAACCCAAGGUGUUCGCCAUCCGUUGCUUUAAAAUCAUCAUGUACUCAAUUCAGCCGCAGCACUCCCACCUGGUCAUCCAGCAGCUCCUGGGCCACCUGGACGCCAACAGCCGCAGCGCUGCGACGGUGCGCGCAGGCAUCGUGGAGGUCCUGUCGGAAGCCGCGGUCAUCGCCGCCACGGGCUCUGUGGGGCCCACCGUGCUGGAGAUGUUCAACACGCUGCUGAGGCAGCUGCGGCUCAGCAUCGACUACGCGCUGACCGGGAGCUACGACGGGGCGGUCAGCCUCGGCACCAAGAUCAUCAAGGAGCACGAGGAGCGCAUGUUCCAGGAGGCCGUCAUCAAGACCGUCGGCUCUUUUGCCAGCACGCUGCCCACCUACCAGCGCUCCGAGGUGAUCCUCUUCAUCAUGAGCAAGGUGCCGCGGCCGUCCCUGCACCAGGCAGUGGACACGGGCAGGACGGGGGAGAAUAGGAACCGUCUGACCCAGAUUAUGCUGCUAAAAUCCCUCCUGCAGGUAUCCACAGGUUUCCAGUGCAACAACAUGAUGUCAGCCCUGCCCAGCAACUUCCUGGACCGUCUUCUCUCCACUGCCCUCAUGGAGGAUGCAGAAAUUCGACUCUUUGUUCUAGAGAUUCUCAUCAGUUUCAUUGAUCGUCAUGGCAACCGCCACAAGUUCUCUACCAUCAGUACGCUCAGUGACAUCUCUGUCCUGAAGCUGAAAGUGGACAAGUGCUCUCGACAGGACACCGUGUUCAUGAAGAAGCACUCCCAGCAGCUCUACAGACACAUCUACCUGAGCUGCAAGGAGGAAACAAAUGUGCAGAAGCACUAUGAGGCGCUCUAUGGCUUGUUGGCUCUCAUCAGCAUCGAGCUGGCUAACGAGGAGGUGGUGGUGGACCUCAUCCGUCUGGUGUUGGCUGUUCAGGACGUGGCCCAAGUCAAUGAGGAGAACUUGCCUGUCUACAACCGCUGUGCCCUCUACGCUCUGGGCGCAGCUUACCUGAACCUCAUCAGUCAGCUCACAACAGUGCCUGCCUUCUGCCAGCACAUCCAUGAGGUGAUAGAGACCAGGAAGAAAGAGGCUCCAUACAUGCUCCCAGAGGAUGUGUUUGUGGAGCGGCCCAGGCUGUCUCAGAAUCUCGAUGGGGUGGCGACUGAGCUUCUGUUUCGCCAGAGCAAGAUUAGUGAAGUCCUGGGAGGCAGCGGCUACAAUUCAGACCGGCUCUGCCUGCCCUACAUCCCUCAACUGACAGAUGAGGAUCGCUUAUCCAAGAGGAGGAGCAUUGGAGAGACCAUCUCCCUGCAGGUGGAGGUAGAAUCGAGGAACAGCCCAGAGAAGGAGGAGCGAGUGCCUGCCGAGGAGAUCACCUAUGAGACACUGAAGAAAGCCAUUGUGGACAGCGUAGCAGUGGAGGAGCAGGAGCGUGAGCGGCGGCGGCAGGUGGUGGAGAAGUUCCAGAAGGCACCCUUCGAGGAGAUUGCCGCACACUGCGGGGCCCGGGCAUCGCUGCUCCAGAGCAAACUCAAUCAGAUCUUUGAAAUCACCAUCCGGCCCCCACCAAGCCCGUCGGGAACCAUCACUGCAGCCUAUGGUCAGCCGCAGAACCACUCCAUCCCCGUCUACGAAAUGAAGUUUCCCGACCUGUGUGUAUACUGAAUUCUAAGAGCCGGAGCUCCUCAAGGGGAUGGGGUCUCAGGAGGGGCUCGCUUCACGCCCACCUGACCACAUGGAGAUCUGGCUGGGAUCUCUGAGCAAAUGUCACCUUGGAUGGCAGCGCCUCCCAGGCUAAGCCAAGGUGGAGACUCUCUGGUCCUUCUUGGCCCUCCUACCUCCUCCUCGUCUUCCCUGAGGGAGAUCUCACCAAUCAGCGUCUCACCUGCGCCCUCUUCAUCUUCUCUUAUGUCAGCAGGGGCAGAGAAUCGUGGGGUGUCUCUCGAGAGAAGCCGGGGGGAAGGGGCUUAGAAGCUCCUGCUUGGUGUUUUGAGUGAAGGGCUUCCGCAGGGGGUGCAUGUCCUCCCCAGAGGAGGGAGCUGGAUGGAGACUCGGUUGGUGAGAGGAAGCUGAGGACUCUACUCCCCUGGGGAAGGAAGCUGAGAGGGGGAUGGCUCUCUCCUCCCCAGCACUGCCCCUGCCCCCCGCCCAUGUCCCUGCUGUGUCUCUCACGCUCUUGCUCAUCUCCCAUUUGUCUGUGUUUCUACCAUGAAUGAAUGCUGAGCCCUUGUAAUGGAGCUGGGGUGGAGACACCACGAGGGGUGUGGGGGCAACAGGAUGCAAGGCUGGCAGGACGUUUUCCAGAGUUGGGUUCUCUCUCUGUGAUAUCUUUCUUCUGAGGGUUCCAAAGUGUUCCUGGGGCCUCUGGGUUGAGGAAAGGCCGAACAAGAUAAUCUCGGAGGGGAACUGCAGGGUCCUCAAGAUUUGCCCAUAUCACCUCCUAUGGAAAAGGCUCCCAGCCGGACCUGGGUUGUGGGAGGGUGGGGAGCGUGCGAUGAGUAGCGUUUUGGGGCUCAAGGAUAUCAGAAGCCAACUUUUUAGAUGUUCCGUUUGAAGAAAGAAGGAUCUAACACCUAAUAUUAGGAUGAUUUCUUCACUCUCUGGACAAAAUCUGGGACAUUGGCACCACCUGGCAACGCUUGUGGCUUGGGAGAGGCCACGGAGACCCCUUUGGGUUCUGGGUUCCUGUUUUCCUGGUGUGCCGUCUGUGUCUCUGUGUAAUGAGGGUGUGCAGAGAGGAGCUAACACGGAGCCGGGCGGAGCUGCCCAGGAGACAGUUUGCUACCUUCUUUGCCAGUUCCCCUUUCUGGCCCCUUCUCUAGGAGCCUUUGUGUCUCCCGGGGUGCCACUGACAGAACCUCACCUGGGGCUCCGCCCGUGGCAGUGCCGUGUGGUCCAAAAUCGUCCUUUCCUUCUCCGCUAGUCACAUUUCCUGUAACUCCUCUGAGCCGACAUAACCUACAGUAAGAUGUGAGUGUCAGAUGUUCUCUCCCUGGAGUCUGCUUUCUAAAGGAGGCAGGGUGAGUAGAUUUCUUGAUCCAAAGGAAUCCAUUUUUAUUUUUUUUUCUAGAGAUGAGGGUCUCACUAUGUUGCCCAGGCUGGCCUCGAACUCCUGAGUUUAAGUGAUUCUCUCGCCUCAGCCUCCUGAGUAGCUGGGAAUCCCUUUUUAGGGUACAAUUUCAGGCAGCGUGGCAGGAGUGUGGCCAGGGCUGAGAUCUGCCCACAGAAAACUUCAGAGCUGGGUGUGGAAGGGAAGGCAUGGUGGCACUGAAUAGUGAUCUUAGGACCCACUUCAGGUCCCUGUGAUCAGCCCCAGUGAUGAGGCUGUCCUCACUGCCUGACACAUUUCCCUGUGGUGCAGACAUGCCUUGCCCUUUUUGGCGUCUGGAUUAUUCAUGCUGCUCCACAUAGCUGUGUUGCCACAGGCUGCAUCUGCCCUUGGAGGCUUGGCUCCAGGCUCCUCUCCCAGGAAGCCUCAUUGGGCUGCUCUGCCUUGCCAGUCAUACUACCUGGUGGGCUACGUGGCAAAUUUGUGAAAGUGAAGCCAAUUGCACAGCAGUGGAUUCUCGAAUAAGGUGGGUCCUCUCAGGUCCUUCCCAGCAAUAAAAUCGGGGAUUCUCACAAAAAUCAGCCUGGUGUGGUGGGGUGUGCCCAUAAUCCCAGCUACUUGGGAGGCUGAAGCAGGAGAAUCGCUUGAACCGGGAGGCAGAGGUUGCAGUGAGCCAAGAUCGCACCACUGCACUCCAACCUGGGUGACAGAGCAAGACUCUGUCUAAAAUCGGGGAUUCUGAGGGCAAAGGAAAUUGCCCCAACCACCACAUAGGCAUAGCAGCAAAUUCCUCAUCACUCCAGUGCUGGAAUUACGGGUCUCCCAAAUGAGGUGCCCAGAUGAGGCUGUCAGUAGCCAAAGUGGGCCAGUGGAGUGGAGUGUUCCCUCCCACAGGCCUCAGGAUGGGAUGGCUUCAGCAAGAUGGGCACCCACCACGCACGGUCCAGCCCCACAGUCAGAGGGCAGGGGCUUGCUUUGGUGCUGAACUUGACCUCAUCUUAGGGAGCUCUCCCACCAGCUAAAGAGCUGUGAUGAUGGCAGAGCCCUGAGUUGCGCCACAGACAGGUUUCUGGCCAAAACAGCAAGAACAGAUUUUCUGAUUUCAUGCUCGGGUACCUUCAUUCUUCACUCAAAUCCCAGGGAGUCUGGGCAUAAGGCUGGCCCUAGUUUGGCAAAGGUUUUGCAGUUUCUUGGAAAAAAGUACGAAAUAAACAAAGGUACACCUAACAUGUGCUUUAGAGGGCAAAGUUGGAGCCAGAAUCCCAAAUGCCCAGAAUCCAGAGGAAUGGCUUUGUGUUUGCUUUGAAACACACACUUGUCAAAAAUGCUCUAUACACAGCAGGGAUCAAAACACUACCACCCUAGACCAACUCCAGCCCACCAACUACGUUUGUAAAUAAAGUUUUAUUGGAACACAGCCCCACUCAUGUAUUUACCUUGGCCAUUUUCAUGCUACAACAGAGUCGAGUAGUUGGGACAGAGACCAUUUGGCCCGCUGUGGGGACAAGAGUGACUUUUUUUUAAAUGCUAAUCCCCAGCUGGGCAUGG